UUCAGCUGAUUUAAAUUCAUCAGUAUUCAAGUGGAGUGACGGCUGUUCGUUCCCACCUCGGAUUAUUUUCACUGAAUGUAAUAAAUGUGCCUGAGUUUAGCUUUUUGACCCUGGAGAGACGAACCAUUAGUCUCACAGCGACAGCAGGAGCUCACCUGUAACCCCACCUGAAAUCACCGACCUCGGGGGGGAGGGGGACUCGCUGCCCGUCCCCUCACUGCCAUGGUGAUGUCGCAGGGCACCUACACCUUCCUGGCCUGUUUCGCCGGCUUCUGGUUGGUCUGGGCGUUCAUCGUCAUGCUCUGCUGCUUCUGCAGCUUCCUGCAGCGCCGGCUGAAGCGCCGCCGCGAGGAGCGGCUCAGGGAGCAGUGUCUGCGGACGGUAGAGAUGGAGCCGCUCGGCUGUCAACCAGCAGGAUACCCGCCUCCUCCUCCUCCGCCGCCGCCGCCACCACCUCCGCAGCUGCCCAGGGAGCCGCCGCAGUUCUGCCCUCCUCGCACCCUGUCGCCGCCACUUCCUGUGCUGGUUCCUCAUCCCAUGCCGCAAGCAACCUGGGUCAGCAUGCCAGAGGCAGAUGCAGAUGUAUUUGGGAAGCCGCCCUGCUAUGAGGAGGCCGUCCUGAUGGAGGAUCCUCCUCCGCCCUACAGCGAGGUGUUGGCCGACCCACGGGGGGGCACCUACCUGAAGCCUGCCCCGCUCCGAGCAGCGCCGCCGCCCCUCAGGGAACACCAGGACCCUGCUCCGGUGUUCACGUCCGAGACCAGCAAGCUUCCUGCGGCGACGGUGUUCCCCGAUCGGGGUUACUCCUCCCUGAUACGCCUGCCCUCGUCCCAGCGCUGGGACUCCCUGGGUCACCUCCUGUCCAACAUGGACCUGCACCACAACAACUUCACCCCGCCGGGGGGCCGCUCCCUGCAGGCUGCCGCUGCGAUGGCUACCAUGCCGCGGCGAGAGGCCAGGACUCACCAUGACGGACUUGGGCUCAGGGGGCUUCAGGGGGUGCAUGGACUGAGGGGACUGGAGCCCAGCUGUGGCCUGCCAACAGCCUUCCCCCUGCUGGGUCGGAGCACCGCUGUCUAGGCCCAGAUGCCGACUAACCAACCAAUAGGUUGACGAGCCUUUAAGCGGGAGAUCUUUAAAGACAGACUUCCUGUCUGUGCGCCUCCUUUCAUGCUCAGUGUUAACACGCUAGCGCCGGUAGAAGUAGAGAUUUAAUUCCCCAGAGGAGCUGAAAGAGGGUGAAAGUGGCGUCAAAGGCGUCACAAGUUCAAUUCCCCCGUGCGGCUCUGUGGGCGAAAGGGGAGCCACUUACUCUUGCUGCGAUUGUGGCUCUCAGCUAAAAGAGGAAAUUACACACGGUUUCAAAGCGGUGUUGUUGAGUCAGUGAGGUAUCGUGGUGUCAUAUCAGAGUUAAUUGAGUCGAGGCAGCGGAG